CUUAGCUGGUAUGUAACCCCCGUCCCCGGUAGCUCACAGUUGCCACACACACCCUCACACACAGUCAUACACACGUACAUGCAUGCAUACUCACACAUAUACUACACACAGACGCGCCAGGACGCACACGAGCUCGGGUGAUUGGAGUGCGCGCACUGGGGGAGAGAGAGGCACCAUCAGCAGCGUCGGUGGAAGAGAGGCGCGCGCUGCCUGCACCUACACACAUUGACAAGGAGCGUUGCUUCGCUCGGGAGGUCCCUGAAGAUGGUCUGAAACUCCAGCGCGUGUUUUUUUUUUAAUUAUUAUUAUUAUUAUUAUUAUUUACCCUCCAGUCCCCUGCGACGAGCUCGAGACGAGAGCCACAAUGUUGACGAGGCUUUUCAGUGACCCCUCGCUGCUUCCCGACGUGCAGAAAUACUCCGGCUGGGCGGACGACAGCGACGGAGACGAUCCCAAGCUCAAGGAUGACGAUCAGGACACUCACGAGGACAUGGACGGCUCCGACCUAAGAGGAGGCAGCCUGACACAGUCCGAGCACAAUGGGGAAGACGACGACGACGACGACGACGACGACGAAAUAGACGAAGAGGACGACGCAGAGGACACAGAGGGGGACAGACCCAAGAAGAGGGGCCCCAAGAAGCGCAAAAUGACCCCGGCCCGGAUCGAGCGCUCCAAAGUGCGACGGACAAAGGCCAACGCGCGGGAGAGGACCCGCAUGCACGACCUGAACUCUGCGCUCGACAAUCUGCGUAAAGUUGUGCCCUGCUACUCCAAAACGCAAAAACUGUCCAAAAUCGAGACGCUGCGGUUGGCUAAGAACUAUAUCUGGGCCCUGUCGGAGAUAUUGCGCGCUGGGAAAAGGCCCGACCUCGUGUCCUACGUCCAGACGCUGUGCAAGGGACUCUCGCAGCCCACGACCAACCUAGUGGCGGGGUGCCUGCAGCUGAACUCCCGCAACUUCCUGACCGAGCAGCAGUGUCAGGACGGGAGCAGGUACGGAUCCGGCUCCUUCUCCAUGCAUUCCUACCCUUACCAGUGCGCGCGUCUGUCCAGCCCCCACUGCCAGCCGGGCUCGAACUCGCUCCCGCUCAGGACGCACGGCUACGGCUCCACUUACGAUUCUGCGUACCCUGGGGGCGGAUCCCCGGAGUAUAACAGCCCCGACUAUGAGGGGCCCCACAGCCCUCCUCUGUGCGUCAAUGGCAACUUUUCUGCGAAGCACCAAGGCCCCGCGUCCCCCGAAAACGAGAAGGGGUACCACUACUCUAUGCAUUACUCCGGCCUGCCAGGCUCCAGGCCCAGCGGGGCCCACAACCUGGUGUUUGGCUCCUCGGGGGCCCGCAGUGGCAUUCACUCUGAAAACGUCCUGCCUUACCACGACAUGCACUUACACCACGAACGGGCCCCCGUGUACGACGAACUGAACGCGUUUUUUCACAAUUAGAAACGAGAAGCCUAUUGAGCGUAAACAUUGCAAUCAACAAUCUAUCCACGGCACACUUUUUUGACAAGCGUACGCACCAGGACAUAGAGAUUCUGGAGAGAUGUUAUCAUUGGUGUUCUCCUUUAAUUUAUUCAAUAUUGAACCAUUGGUUUGCUAUAGUCAGGGGUGUAGUGGAGGACAAUCCAUCUGAUCCAGUCUCAUUCUGCGCAACACAAUUUAUCCAGCUUUUAAAAGGCUGACACAAUUAUCCAAGAGGAAAUUUGAUUAACAAAUCACAAGACCCCUGAAUGAGGGAAUCUCAAAUCAUCAAUGUUUUUUAAAAUGUGAACUGUGUUUGUGUUGAUGGUUGUUUGCGUUUUUGAAGACUGGCAGUCAAAGUUUAGCCACUUAUUUAUUGACCACGACAUCACUGGCUGCAGCUGCACCCUGACACUGGCGGCGAUUUUCUAAGAAAUAGGAAUAAAUCAAUUAACAAGCUAAUGCAAAUCACAUUUACUCGUCUGUACGUGUGAUAUUUUGAGUGGAGGGUGUGUUUAGUUGAAAUUGUGAAAUGUAAAGAAGUUGCAGUGGGGAAUGCUGCACCCAGAUAAAUGUGCUAGUUGGGUAGUUUUAGAAGAAUCUGUUCUCCAGCGAAUCAAUCCAAUUGUUUUACAUCUAUGCAAAACCCAACGAGACCAGAGAGCGAGGCAGCAAGGCCCAGGAAGACACUGGAUGUGUUUCAUCAGCACUGCUGUUGCACGCACGGGUGCGCGCACGCACACACGCACACACGCACACACACACACACGGACACACACAGGCUUGCACAAUUGAAUUAACACCCAACGAAUCUGGCUGUGUUCGCCAAAAUGUUUUAACUUCUAAAAAAAAUCAUAUACAUGAAAUGAAAUCAAUUUUUUUUUCUCAUUUUCGUUUUUUACUUAUUUACUCGUAUUCUGCUACUUGAGCCAUUGCA